AAAUAAAAUAAAAAAAAAAUAACACGUCUUUAACUUUCUUUUUGUUUUGACUGUAGCUGUAAGCCAAUAAAAUCCUAGGAACUUCGAUGAAGCGAGAAUUUGCAGAUUUAGAACCGGUUUAGAAAUGGCAAAGACUUGAGCGAUUUUACUAUGGCAACGAAGCCGUAAGGAGCUUUAUGAGCUACUUCAUUUCCGAGCAUUGCUAAUCAUAGCGUCCGGCUGCUAGUCAUACACUUUGAAAAAAUGCCCUUUUUGCUGAUUAUGAAAUUUCCCCGCUUUCCUUUUUGAGACAGGCCCAUGUUAUCAACACUUCAGGAAUCUUUUAUUCGUUCUUGACAAGUUACUCGAAAGUUAGAAGAGAACUUACAAAGUGACAUGAGUACAACUACAAGUACAGUAUCAGAACCACCUACUCCCAAAGUCAACUUUGGUGCUUCUGAUCUGACGUCAACAGGUACAACAACGGCAGAGCGAUCUGUUCAAGAGAACACAUCUGCCGAUGAUCAGACCUUGUCAAGAACGAAUUCAGCUGUAUCUUUUAUACCUUCAAAACAAAUGCUUGAUACAUACACUCCUGUUCGAGCCGGCCUACCGACAAAAACACGUCUUUCACUCAUAACUUCUGUGGGGGCCUUUUGGGGCUUUGGUAUUGGUUGUUUCUUGGGAGCGAAACAAACAGGUUUACAAUACUUGGCAGAAAAUGCUCACAGACUUCCUACCACCGUUGAAGGGUGGUACUUCUACCAUAAAACCAAGAAUUAUAAGAUGAUGUUGGGUGGUGUGAAACGUGGUAGCAAAUUUGCAUUGAAAACAGGUGGCUUAUGCUUGAUGUAUGGAUCAAUAGAGGCUGCCUUAGAUUAUGCAAGAGGAGGGGAGGCUGACAUGGUGAAUUCUGUAGUGGCGGGUGUCACAACGGGAACAGUUUUCUCCGCUUUAACUAAAUUAACAAGAGCUUCUACGAAAUAUUCGAUCAUGUUUGGUGCUGUGGUUGGUUUGGUGACCGGUGGUUUAUCUGACUUAUAUCGUUUUGCAUCCGGCGAUGCGCCCGCUUACGCAAAGCGCUUCGUAAAGUAAGCGAUCUAUACUCUUGGGUGGAUAUGAAAAUGAAGAUACCCACAAAUACUGUAUGAUGAUUCAUGAAAGAGUGUAUAGUAUGUAUACGCGUUGAUGAUACAUUAUACAGCCUUCUGUCUAUAUCAGGAAAUAGAGAAACCUUAAAUUAUUACCAAACUUACCGAGUGGUGAGCUAAUUUAACAUUACACACAUUUCGUAAGGGACGCAAAAAGAGACAUUAUUUUAUAUAACAUCAUAAAAAUUGAAUACAGACAAAACACGUAACGGGGCAGAAAUAAAAAAAAAACGAUGCUU